UUCACGGCUUUCCAAGAUGCACUUUCCAAGUGAUUAUUAAGGUCUAGGAGGAUUAAGCAAGCAGAAACUGUUUAAUGGAAAUCACUCUCUGGACUCAUUACUUCUGCUCACAAGGAUAUUGCAAAUUACCUUAAAAGGAUCAAAUCUUACCAUUGAAGGACAAGAGGCUUCCGAAAACUCAGAAUUUAAAAGGUUUACACUGCUGUCCACGUUUAAUACAACAGAACCACGGUAAAUUUUGUAGAAGAUGAAAGACCGCCUUCAAGAGCUUAAAUUGCGGGCAAAGGAAUUACAAUUGCUUGAAGAAAACAACCAUGUUCCUGGUAUUGUGACAGAGGAACAAGCAGAAUUUGAACAAUCAGCUGUUAUUUUUGAAAAAGAGCCUAUAACAGAAAGGUACCUCAGUGAAAUACAGCGACUGCACAAUGAUAUUAAUAAUUUGGCAGACAAUGUUCAAGCAUUUAGUCAGCGGCAAAAGAGUCUGGUGGCUUCCAUGAGGAGAUUCAGUGUUCUUAAAAAGGAGUGCAGCAUCACAAGGGAGAUAAAAAACCAAGCAGAACAUAUUCAGAAGGGCUUGGAUGACUUAUCAAGAAUCGUAAAGAAAGCAGAAAAAGAACAUGGUUCAUCAUCUGCCAUUGUAAGGGUUCUUAGCUCUCAGAGAGCUGUACUUUUCCGUCGCUUCCAAAAUAUCAUGUUUCUAUACAAUGAUGCCAUAACAGCAAAGCAAGACAAAUGUAAGACCUUCAUUGUGCGUCAGCUUGAAGUGGCUGGAAAAGAGCUGUCUGAGGAAGAAGUGAAUGAUAUGGUUCAACAAGGCAAAUGGGAAAUCUUCAAUGAAAAUCUGCUCACUGAGGUCAAGAUCACUAAAGCUCAAUUAUCCGAGAUUGAACAAAGACAUAAAGAAUUGAUCAAUCUUGAGAACCAGGUAAAAGAUAUAAGGGAACUUUUUGUCCAAAUAUCACUUCUGGUAGAAGAGCAAGGAGAAAUGAUCAACAACAUUGAAAUGGAAGUUGUUAAUACUCAGGACUAUAUUCUGGUAACAAGAGAGAAAUUCACAUUGGCAGCCAAAUAUCGAAAGAAGAAUCCUUGCAGAGCGAUAUGCUGUUGGUGCUGCUCUUGCUGCAAAUAGGAGAUCUUCUGGACAAUGGACACUUCUUGAUCCAGCAUCAACCACUGAAUUUCCCAUCUGAAAGUAAGGUAAUCUUGUUGCAGGGAGAACAGCUGCACUAGCAGACAUACUCACAGUUUUCUCUACUAUUCUUUUUUAUUCCUCAAGUCACAUAUUGUAUUUGCUGCUAAGUUGGACAGGGAAGUCCACAGAACUAAAGAAAAGAAAUUAAAGAGAGAGGAAGACAGCACUUGCUGCCAUUUUUAAAGGGUUAGCCAAAGGUUUGUCAAUGAAGAAUGCAAACGCUCUACCUCUUUUUAGAAACUAUUUUCUUGUAAAGACAGAAAUGGUGUUGGGCUUGAUAGGAAGGAGUUCUGUUACUGCUUACAGGUCACUAAUGACACCACAAGGACAAAUCAAAUAGGUGCCUGUGACACUGACAGAACAAAUUCCACCUGCACUUGCCAUCGCAAUGGAUUGAUUUCCUCAGGAACCGAGUGCAUGUUUCUAGCACUUGUUUUCAUCAGUCUGAAUGAAGGGAAACUAAAAGUCUACUGAAUUGGAAGCUGGGACAAUGUCAUCUGGAACUCAUAGACAGUAACCACUGUAUAUUACCUCUGUGAAAAUCAGAUUGUCUGGAAAGGUUCUAAGAGACAAAUAAUCGUAACUGUGCAGUUUGUGGAGCAAACGUUUCAGGAGGGAUGGAGAAUCCAUUCAGUAGUAAAUACUAUACUAACACAUAUCAAAAGCAAAAGAAAGAAAGAUUACAAAACAUAAUAUUCAUCAAACUCUUCAAUAACACAGCAAAAGCUAUAUAUACACACCUUUCUUCCAAGUCAUUUGUACAAUUCUAUAUAAGUUUUAAAAAGGCAAUUCUCAGAAUACUCAAGUUGGACUGCUAUCAGUGGGUCUUGAUUUACACAUGCAAAAAUGAAGUUUAUAACAAAUGUAUAGUGUUAAAAAAACUAGUAUAAAUGUAUAAUAGGUUUCACCCCAAUUUGCUAUUUGUCAACCCAAGAAGGUUGAUUCCAGCAGAAGAGCUCCUCUGUGUUUGCAAAUAAACAAAAAUGACUCACACACAUAUUAUACAGGGGUAAUGUGUUAGUUUGCCCUGUUAAAUGGGCAAAAGGGCACCUUUUUAAUGUGGUGAUUCUCUUUGUUUAGCAGGGGGAGAGUAACUGGCCCUAUCCAGCCCCAGCACAGCAGUUGCAGUUACUGUUGCUGGUGUCUAUGUUUCUUUUUAGAUUAUGAGCCCUUUGGGGACAGGGAGCCAUCUUAUUUAUUUAUUAUUUCUCUAUGUAAACUGCUUUGGAAACUUUUGCUGAAGAGCAGCAUAUAAAUAUUUGUUGUUUUUGUUAAACAUGCUUCCCACAGCAUGUAUUCCUGACAAAGAGAUAUGGCCUAUCUCAGCACCUUGGAACAAGGCACUGAACACACAGGCCAGGACCCAAAGAUCUACUUCAGGAGUAGGUAAUGUGCAGCUCUCCAGAUGUUGCUGGACUAGAACUCCAAUCACCCCCCCAGCCAACAUUUAUUACAGAUGGGGAUGAUGGGAGUUGUUGUUCAGCAACAUCUGGAGAGCCACACACUGCCUACCCCUGAUCUACUUCAUGCAUGCCUAGGGGCUUCAUUAAGCUCAGUGAGAUUUUUGACUUUCCACCCUUUGAACAGCAGAUACCCUGCUAUACCACUAAGUCCUGUUGAAAUUCCCCUCAGAUUCAAGAGGAGAAAGGACAGAGUGGUGGAGAAACACUACCCAAAGCUCCCUUCAUUCAUUGUGGAGUUCUUUGCAUCCUGGCUCUAAUGUUUUCAUGCAAACACAACAUACAAUAGGCAUGAAGUGGGCAAUAUAGUGAGGCAUCAUGAAACAACCACCAGUCUGUGUAUAUGUCAAAAUAAGAUUCUUCAGGGCACCUUGGACAUACAUCACAAGCAGUCCUGGCAGAUCAAUGCUGUGCCAAAAAUCAAACACCAGAAGAAUCCAUAUUGCGACUUUGUAGGCAGUGUGACACUCUGUCUUGUGUUGUGGUGACCUUAACUUGCUCCCCAAAACAUCAAGAUCCAGUCAUAAUUAUUCAGAAGCAAAUAGCUUUUGCCUGUAAGACAACAUUUAUACUGUCAGCAACUUUAGCUUUACAUAGUUGUCAAAUUACCCCAUUUCACAAAUGCAAAUUUAAUUCCUUUUAAAAGCUAAUUUAUUUCUACUCUGAAGUCAAGACUGAAAAAACUAUUACCAGAUACACUGUUUGUUAUGUAAAGUGCAAAUCGAUCACUAACAUGAGACAAGCAUGACUGUAUAUGUGAGAAAGAUUAAAUUAAAUGAUGUUGGCAAUUUACAUAUUAGAAAACUUUAAAAGAAAUCAUGCUUUGUUGUAAUCACAAGGGAGUAAGGGCAGUAAAGGGUCUGAAAUAUACAGCUGAAACAUUAAAGCAAAGUAAGUCUAGAACUGGAACAGCAUUUUUGGGAUAGCUAUUUGGAAACCUAAUGAACGUUUUACAGUUAUAUGAAAGGAAAUGCCUUCUAUUUUGCUCCAGGCUGUUUUUAUAAAGGUUUUAUUAUGUGCACUGCAACCAAUUAUUUCAUACAUACUGUAUUACAUAAAAAUUAAUAUUAAAGAAUACUGACCACA